CAUAGUAAUGGCCAAUCAAAUCACUUCCUGCUCUGUGCAAAUAAGAGACUUCUGAGAACUCCAGUUUUGAAGUCUGAACAAACCAGAACUUUAAUCAUGAGAUCUCUGCUCAGGUUUAUCUAUAUCUUGUGUGUUGUUGCAGCAACAGGUUAUUCACUUUCUUGCCAGACCUGCAUUUCAAGCAGUGACAGCCCAUGUCAAGGCACAAGUGAAACUUGCCAGCGUGAUGAUGUUUGUAGGACUUUAUACAUAUUGGCAACCGCAGCUGGUAUAACUGUAAAAGAAGUGAAAACCAUUUCAUGUGCCCCUCGCAAGGGAUGUGAUAGACAUGGAAGUUUCCGUAAUGAUAUUGCACAUGUUAAAUUAGGAACCUCCUGCUGUGAUACAGACGACUGCACUCCUCCCAAACCAACUUUGCCAGUCAAUAACCCUCAACUGAAUGGAGUGAUCUGCAACACCUGCACAACUAUAACCUCAAACAUGUGUUAUUCUGAGGAUACCAUGAAAUGCACAGGAGAUGAAUAUAUGUGUGCUUCUUACUAUGCACAGAUGUCAGGAGGCAAUGAAACAAUUAAAGUGGCUGCAAAUGGCUGUGCUACUAAAAGUUUUUGUGACUUUGGAAGAAAUUCACCACACUUUGAAAAGGAUGAAUUUUCAAUUAAAUUCAGAGUUACGUGCACAAAUGACAAACAUCAGGAAUUAUAACUGUCCCAAUGUAUUGAAAAAACUGUAUACAAGGUAUAAAGGUAUCCAUUUAGUAGAGUAUCCGCAGCCACAUUGCUUUUUCAAUGAAGGAAAAUGCAAUUAUAUUUAGAAAUGAAUAGUGAUGGGCGAAUUUGCGGCAUUUUGCUUCGCUGAAAAAUUUCCUGCGAAAUUCACGAUACUACGAAAAAUUUGCGAAAUUGCGUCUAGGUUUUGAUGCUGGCGUCGGUUUUUUUAAGACGUCGGCACAAAUUUGCUGGCGAAAAUGCGCCGGCAUCCAAAAAAAGGGACAAAUUUCUUCGUUGGCGGCGAAGUGCUUGAAAUUCACCCAUCACUGCAAAUAAACUUAAAUAAACAAAUCCAGGAUUCGAUUUGGUAUUCGGCCAGGAUUCGACCUUUUCAGCAGGAUUCGAACCAAAUCAGAAUCUUAAUU